AUGUCUUCAAAACCUGGUAAGCGACGUAAAGACCGUAAUGAUUCCUCUCAAGUUAAACUAUCGAAAUUAUUAUCUAAUAUACUUCGCCACAGUGCCAAGGAAAGGGGGUUAGAAAUAGGCGAUGACGGGUUUGUCAAGUUAAACGAGUUGUUGAAGCUACAACAAUUUAAAGGAAAGUCUGUUGAAGAUAUUCGAUCUGUUGUAGAUAAUAACGAUAAACAACGAUUUUCUUUAAAGAUUGAAAAUUCGGAAUUGUAUAUAAGGGCUAAUCAAGGACAUAGCAUUGAAGUAAAAGAUUUAGAACUUGAAAAGAUAACGGAUUAUGAACAAAUUCCCACUGUAGUACAUGGUACAUACUUAAGAAAAUGGGAAAUUAUAGAAAAAGAAGGACUUCGUAAAAUGAAUCGUAAUCAUAUUCAUUGUUCUAUUGGGCAAUUUGGAGAUCCAAAUGUUACGAGUGGCGUGAGAGCAAAUUGCGAUUUGUUCAUUUAUAUCAAUGCUAAGAAAGCAACGGAAGAUGGUAUAGAAUUUUAUCGAUCAUCUAAUGGGGUUAUACUGACCUCAGGAAUUAAUGGAUGCUUAAAACCAGAAUAUUUUUUAAAAGUUGUUAAUAAGAAUGAACGUACUUUUCACUCAACAUUUCCAACUUUAAAAAGAAUUCCUCGAGAAAUAAAAAAGAAAAAUCUUGCUAAAAAAUUAGCCAAAUUAGAAGAAGAAAAGGAAAAUAAACCUAAUCCUAUUACUGGAGUACCCACAGAAUUUACGAGAUCUUUACUUAGACCUUCGGAUGUUUAUAAAACAGCAACUGAUUUAACUCUUCCUCAAUAUAAUAAUUAUUUUAUUGAUGGAAGUGAUGCAGAAAUUGUUUUUAAAAAAUUACCUGAAAAAAUGUGUGAAAAUUCAGAAUCAAAUGAAACGAGAGAUAAACGAUUAGAAAAUGAAUCAGAAAAAGUUAAAAUUUUGAAAUCCAUGGUUAGUUUGCAUAAUGCGAAUUCUCGAUCUAUUAUGAAGCAUAAUAUUAAAAAAGCCGUAGAAGAAUUUGCGAGGUUUCCAAAUGAUACUGGAACCGCAAUUUGGACCGUACGAAUUUUAAAUCUCCACGAACAUCUUCAAAAGAAUCAUAAAGAUAAACACAAUUAUCGUAAUUUACGAACUUUGGUUCAUAAACGACAAGGAAUUCUUAAAUAUUUAAAACGUGAAAGUUUAGAAAGAUAUUAUAAUUGUUUAAAAAAGUUAGGUUUAGAUAAUAAAAUAAUAGAAGGAGAAAUUGUAAUUUAA